AUAACAGGAUUCUAAAUAUGGAGGAGUCCAUAUGGACGGAGGAGGAAGAGGAGCCUGCUGAGCAUCCAUACUACAACAACAUCCCCGGCAAGAUGCCACCCUCCGGAGGGUUCAUAGAUACCAGGCUAGGCCAGAACAACCAGACUGAGGUACAGUACAGUAUGACACACCUCACCAUAUACAGUACCUACAACAGCUAGUACAGUAUGCUACACCUAUCUCAACAACCAACCUAUAAUAAUAUAUGCCCCCUGGAGGGUUCAUAGAUACCCAGCUGAGCCGUGAGACCAGAGGGCAGGCAGAGGUAGAGUAUGCCGGGAUACACCUUGCCAUACAAUCUUUCUACCUCAUCCACGCUGCCUCAUCCACUGCCUAUAAUAUAAUAUUCCCCUGCAAGGCAGCCAGACAGCAGGGCAGGCAGAGGUAGAGUAUGCAGGGCUACACCUCACCAUCUACCUACCUCAUCAUCUGCCUAUAAUAUAUAUACCACUUAGCAGAAGCUUUUAUACAAGUUGACUUUACAGACUGUGAGUGCAUACAUACAUUUUUAGUAUAUGUAUAUACAGUGCCUUCAGAAAGUAUUCAGGCCCCUUGACCUUUUCCACAUUUUGUUACAGCCUUAUUCUAAAAUUGAUUAAGUAAACCAAUUUCCUCAAAAUCUACACACAAUACCCCAUAAUGACAAAGAGAAAACAGGUUUUUAGAAAUUUUUGAAAUACCUUAUUUACAUAAGUAUUCAGACCCUUUGCUAUGAGACUCGAAAUUGAGCUCAGGUGCAUCCUGUUUCCAUUGAUCAUCCUUGAGAUGUUUCUACAAUUUGAUUGGAGUCCACCUGUGGUAAAUUCAAUUGAUCGGACAUUUGGAAAUGCAUACACCUGUCAAUAUAAGGUCCCACAGUUGACAGUGCAUGUCAGAGCUAAAACCAAGCUAUGAGGUUGAACGAAUUGUCCGUAGAGCUCCGAGAUAAGAUUGUGUCAAGGCACAGAUCUGGGGAAGGGUACCAAAAAAUGUCUGCAGCAUUGAAGUUCCCCAAGAACACAGUGGCCUCCAUCAUACUUCAAUGGAAGAAUUUUGGAACCACCAAGACUCUUCCUAGAGCUGGCCGCCCGGCCAAACUGUGCAAUCGGGGGAGAAGGGCCUUGGUCAGGGAGGUGACCAAGAUCCCGAUGGUCACUCUGACAGAGUUCUAGAGUGCCUCUGUGGAGAUGGGAGAACCUUCCAGAAGGACAACCUGUUCUGCAGCACUCCACCAAUCAGGCUUUUAUAAUAGAGUGGCCAGACGGAAGCCACUCCUCAGUAAAAGGCACAUGACAGCCCGCUUGGAGUUUGCCAAAAGGCACCUAAAGACUCUCAGACCAUGAGAAACAAGAUUAUCUGGUCUGAUGAAACCAAGAUUGAACUCUUUGGCCUGAAUGCCAAGCGUCACGUUUGGAGGAAACCUGGCACCAUCCCUAUGGUGAAGCAUGGUGGUGGCAGCAUCAUGCUGUGGGGAUGUUUUUCAGCGGCAGGGACUGGGAGACUAGUCAGGAUCGAGGCAGAUGAACAGAGCAAAGUACAGAGAGAUCCUUGAUGAAAACCUGCUCCAGAGCACUCAGGACCUCAGACUGGGGUGAAGGUUCACCUUCCAACAGGACAAUGACCCUAAGCACACAGCCAAGACAACGCAGGAGUGGCUUCGGGACAGGUCUCUGAAAGUCCUUGAGUGGCCCAGCCAGAGCUCGGACUUCAACCCGAUCCAACCUGACAGAGCUUGAGAGGUUCUACAGAGAAGAAUGGGAGAAACUCUCCAAAUACAGGUGUGCCAAGCUUAUAGCGUCAUACCCAAGAAGACUCGAGGCUGUAAUCGCUGCCAAAGGUGCUUUAACAAAGUACUGAAUAAAGAGUCUGAAUACUUAUGUAAAUGUGAUAUUUCAGUUUUUUAGUUUUUAUAAAUUUGCCCAAAAAUUUGGAAACCUGUUUUUGCUUUGUCAUUAUUGGGUAUUGUGUCGUGGUCAAACGUUUUGAGAAUGACACAAAUACUAAUUUUCACAAAGUCUGCUGCCUCAGUUUUGAUGAUGGCAAUUUGCAUAUACAGUGAGGGAAAAAAGUAUUUGAUCCACUGCUGAUUUUGUACGUUUGCCCACUGACAAAGAAAUUAUCAGUCUAUAAUUUUAAUGGUAGGUUUAUUUGAACAGUGAGAGACAGAAUAACAACAACAAAAAAUCCUGAAAAACGCAUGUGAAAAAGGUUAUAAAUUGAUUUGCAUUUUAAUGAGGGAAAUAAGUAUUUGACCCCCUCUCAAUCAGAAAGAUUUCUGGCUCCCAGGUGUCUUUUAUACAGGUAACGAGCUGAGAUUAGGAGCACACUCUUAAAGGGAGUGCUCCUAAUCUCAGUUUGUUACCUGUAUAAAAGACACCUGUCCACAGAAGCAAUCAAUCAAUCAGAUUCCAAACUCUCCACCAUGGCCAAGACCAAAGAGCUCUCCAAGGAUGUCAGGGACAAGAUUGUAGACCUACACAAGGCUGGAAUGGACUACAAGACCAUCGCCAAGCAGCUUGGUGAGAAGGUGACAACAGUUGGUGCGAUUAUUCGCAAAUGGAAGAAACACAAAAGAACUGUCAAUCUCCCUCGGCCUAGGGCUCCAUGCAAGAUCUCACCUCGUGGAGUUGCAAUUAUCAUGAGAACGGUGAGGAAUCAGCCCAGAACUACACGGGAGGAUCUUGUCAAUGAAAUCAAGGCAGCUGGGACCAUAGUCACCAAGAAAACAAUUGGUAACACACUAUGCCGUGAAGGACUGAAAUCCUGCAGCGCCCGAAAGGUCCCUCUGCUCAAGAAAGCACAUAUACAGGCCCGUCUGAAGUUUGCCAAUGAACAUCUGAAUGAUUCAGAGGAGAACUGGGUGAAAGUGUUGUGGUCAGAUGAGACCAAAAUGGAGCUCUUUGGCAUCAACUCAACUUGCCGUAUUUGGAGGUGGAGGAAUGCUGCCUAUGACCCCAAGAACACCAUCCCCACCAUCAAACAUAGAGGUGGAAACAUUAUGCUUUGGGGGUGUUUUUCUGCUAAGGGGACAGGACAACUUCACCCCCAAAGGGACGAUGGACGGGGCCAUGUACCGUCAAAUCUUGGGUGAGAACCUCCUUCCCUCAGCCUUGGCAUUGAAAAUGGGUCGUGGAUGAGUAUUCCAGCAUGACAAUGAACCAAAACACACGGCCAAGGCAACAAAGGAGUGGCUCAAGAAGAAGCACAUUAAGGUCCUGGAGUGGCCUAGCCAGUCUCCAGACCUUAAUCCCAUAGAAAAUCUGUGGAGGGAGCUGAAGGUUCGAGUUGCCAAACGUCAGCUUCGAAACCUUUAUGACUUGGAGAAGAUCUGCAAAGAGGAGUGGGACAAAAUCCCUCCAUGUGUGCAAACCAGGUGGCCAACUACAAGAAAUGUCUGACCUCUGAUUGCCAACAAGGGUUUUGCCACCAAGUACUAAGCCAUGUUUUGCAGAGGGGUCAAAUACUUAUUUUCCUCAUUAACAUGCAAAUCAAUUUAUAACAUUUUUGACAUGCGUUUUUCUGGAUUUUGUGUUUGGUAUUCUGUCUCUCACUGUUCAAAUAAACCUACCAUUAAAAUUAUAGACUGAUCAUUUCUUUGUCAAUGGGCAAACGUACAAAAUCAGCAGGGGAUCAAAUACUUUUUUCCCCUCAAUUAAUUGCAAAGUCCCUCUUUGCCAUGAAAAUGAACUAAAUCCCAAACAAACAUUUCCACUGCAUUUCAGCCCUGCCACAAAAGGACCAGCUGACAUCAUGUCAGUGAUUCUCUCAUUAACACAGGUGAGAGUGUUGACGAGGACAAGGCUGGAGAUCACUCUGUCAUGCUGAUUGAGUUAGAAUAACAGACUGGAAGCUUUAAAAGGAGGGCUUUGCACAAAAAGGGCUUCACAUGCAAGGAUAUUGCUGCUAGUAAGAUUGCACCUAAAUCAUCCAUUUAUCGGAUCAUCAAGAACUUCAAGGAGAGAGGUUCAAUUGUUGUGAAGAAGGCGUCAGGACGCCCAAGAAAGUCCAGCAAGCGCCAGGACCGUCUCCUAAAGUUGAUUCAGCUGCGGGAUCGGGGCACCACCAGUGCAGAGCUUGCUCAGGAAUGGCAGCAGGCAGGUGUGAGUGCAUCUGCAUGCACAGUGAGGCGAAGACUUUUGGAGGAUGGUUUGGUGUCAAGAAGGGCAGCAAAGAAGUUCCUUCUCUCCAGGAAAAACAUCAGGGACAGACUUAUAUUCUGCAAAAGGUACAGGGAUUGGACUGCUGAGGACUGGGGUAAAGUCAUUUUCUCUGAUGAAUCCCCUUUCCGAUUGUUUGGGGCAUCCGGAAAACACCUUGUCCGGAGAAGACAAGGUGUGCGCUACCAUCAGUCCUUUGUCAUGCCAACAGUAAAACAUCCUGAGACCAUUCAUGUGUGGGGUUGCUUCUCAGCCAAGGGAGUGGGCUCACUCACAAUUUUGCCUAAGAACACAGCCAUGAAUAAAGAAUGGUACCAACACAUCCUCCGAGAGCAACUUCUCCCAACUAUCCAAGAACAGUUUGGUGACGACCAAUGCCUUUUCCAGCAUGAUGGACCUUGCCAUAAGGCAAAAGUGAUAACUAAGUGGCUCGGGGAACAAAACAUCAACAUUUUGGGUCCAUGGCCAGGAAACUCCGCAGACCUUAAUCCCAUUGAGAACUUGUGGUCGAUCCUCAAGAGGCGGGUGGACAAACAAAAACCCACAAAUUCUGACAAACUCCAAGCAUUGAUUAUGCAAGAAUGUCAGGAUGUGGCCCAGAAGUUAAUUGACAGCAUGCCAGGGCGGAUUGCAGAGGUCUUCAAAAAGAAGGGUCAACACUGCAAAUAUUGACUCUUUGCAUAAACUUAAUGUAAUUGUCAAUAAAAGCCUUUGACACUUAUGGAAUGCUUGUUAUUAUACUUCAGUAUACGAUAGAAACAUCUGACAAAAAUAUCUCAUAACACUGAAGCAGCGAACUUUGUGAAGACCAGUACUUGUGUCAUUCUCAAAACUUUUAACCAUGACUGUAGAUUGACGAGGGAAAAAAACAAUUUAAUCAAUUUUAGAAUAAGUCUGUAAUGUAACAAAAUGUGGAAAAAGUCAAGGGGUCUGAAUACUUUCCGAAUGCACUGUAAGUAUGUGAUCCCUGUUGGACUUGAAUCCACUCUCUUGUCAUUGCUGGUGUCGCACUCUUACCAACUGGGCCACACAGUAACACAAAUCAACAUGAGGCAUACGUACAUCAUCAUCAGCUAGAAAUACACUACUUUGGGAUACCGGAAUUCCCAGGUUGUCCAAUCUACAUCUACCUCAUCCAUCCUACGUCAUCCUCCCACAGAGCCUACAUAUGUCAUCACGGGCUAGAAAUACAUACUGUUAGCCUUUGGGAUUUGAUUUGCUUCCCAGUGAUGGAUGAGAUAGAUACUGCUAAGGAAGAAAGUAAGGAAGGAAUAAAGAGCAUGCUGAAGAGGUGGUAUUUUUUAUUUUUAUUUACUAAAUUCUGUUGUUCUUCCUGUCUGUUUCUCUCCAGCAGCAGGCUCCACGGGCUGGGGUGGACCAGACUUACUACCAGGGCAGACACUGUGGAGAGAGCUGGGGAGAGGACAGGAGGCCUACUGGGAUACUGGUCCAACAGGGUAAGAGAGGAUCUCUGUCUCUCUCUCUGUCUCUGGUCUCCAGUGGUGGACAAAGUACCCAAUUGUCAUACAUAAAGUAAAGAUACUUUAAUAGAAAAUGACUAAAGUAAAAGUGAAAGUCACCAAGUAAAAUACUACCUGAGUAAAAGUCUAAAAGUAUUUGGUUUUAAAUAUACUUAAAUAUCAAAAGUAAAAGUAAAAGUAUAUAUCAUUUCAAAUUCCUUAUAUUAAGCAAACCAGAUGGCACCAUUUUCUUGUUUUUUAAUUUAUGGAUAGCCAGGGGCACACUCCAAUACUCAGACAUAAUUUACAAACUAAGCAUGUGUGUUUGGUGAGUUGGCCAGAUCAGAGGAAGUAGGGAUGACCAGGGAUGUUCUCUUGAUAAGUGCGUGAAUUUUGAAAAUGUUCCUGUCCUGCUAACCAUUCAAAAUGUAACACAUACUUUGGGUGCCAGGGAAAAUGUAUGGAGUAAAAAGUACAUUAUUUUCUUUAGGAAUGUUGUGAAGUAAAAGUAAAAGUUGUCAAAAAUAUAAAUAGUAAAGUAAAGUACAGAUACCAAAAAAAACGACUCAAGUAGUACUUUAAAGUAUUUUGACUUAAGUACUUUACACCACUGCUGGUCUCUGGUCUCUCUUGAUCUUGAUCAUAAACUCCCAUCUCUCUCUCUCUCUCUCUCUCUCUCUCUCUCUCUUUCUCUCACAUAACUUUGUUAGUUCACAAUGUUUAUAUCUUAUAUUGUUUUUACUAACUGAUAACUCCUCCCAAGUAAGAAGAGAGAGACUUUAUUGUCCAUAAUCUUCAACAUUUACAUUUAAGUCAUUUAGCAGACGAUCUUAUCUUUUCAGAUCACAUAAAUUGAAAUUAGUCUUUCUUGCUUAUAACUUUUUGCUUUUAACUUUUGCUUUUAUGUCUAGGAUCAUGGGACAUCUACAGUCUGCCCGUCGGGAAGAGUCCAGUACCAAAAACGGGGGAUGCGCCUACGUACGUAAACACCCAGCAGAUCGACGCCCAGCUGCUGGCUGCGCUGCAGGCUGAACAGGACAGCAUGGCAGCCGAGGGGGCAGAGGGCACAGCAGCCAAAGACAGACUCAUGAAAGACCUGUUCGACAUGAGUAAGAAGAACUAACCUACUGCUUACAUUGCUAAUGCUAAUAGCACUAGCAUAUUCAUAUUCAACAUCUAUAAAAAGAAUAAACUAACUGCUAAUGCUAAUAACACUAGCAUAUUCCUUUUCAACAUCAAUAAGAUAAUGAAACUAACCGCUAAUUGCUAAUAACACUGGCAUAUGCCUAGCCAAUGAGCCAGUCCCAAAACGAUCUUUACCCAUCCCUUUGGCCCUAACCCUUCAAUGUUUGCUGAUCUGAAGGUGAAAUAAAUAUGGUAGAAGCGUUUCCAUUACACUGCCUAUACCUAUCCAGACAUGCUAAAAUCAAUGUAUAAUAAUAUUAAUAUACUGUAUAAUAUAUGCCAUAUAGCAAACGCUUUUAUCCAAAGCGACUUACAGUCAUGCGUAUUAACAUUCUUUAUGUAUGGAUGGGAAUCGAGCCCACUAUCCUGACUUUGCAAGAGCCAUGCUCUACCAACUGAGCUACAGAAGACCACACAUAGGACGACACAAUCGAGGAGUCAGGGCCAAGGGGGAGGGAUAGAGAGUGAUUUGGGACUGGCUGAACAUGUCCCCUGUAGCUCAGUUGGUAGAGCAUGGCGCUUGCAACGCCAGGGUUGUGGGUUCGUUUCCCACGGGGUGCAGUAUGAAAAUAUAUGCACUCACUAACUGUAAGUCGCUCUGGAUAAGAGUGUCUGCUAAAUGACUAAAAUGUAAAAAAUUUAUAAGAAGAAGGAACUAACCGCUAACAUUGCUAAUGCUAAUAACUAGCAUAUUCCUAUUUAACAUCUAUAAGAAGAAGAAACUAACUGCUAAUCGCAAGUUGCUAACACUAAUAAUAACAUUAUCCUACUCCAACCAGGAGACAUUAUUAUAAUUACAGAGGUGAUCUGGUUAUUGUUUCCACCAGGGAUCUGCUUUGUGUUAUAAUAACACUAUGUCAUAUCCAAGACAAAAGGAAGAUACAGUUGAAGUCAGAAGUUUACAUACACUUAGGUUGGAGUCAUUAAGACCAGUUUUUCAACCACUCCACACAUUUCUUGUUAACAAACUAUAGUUUUGGCAAGUCGGUUAGGACAUCUACUUUGUGCAUGACACAAGUAAUUUUUCUAACAUUUGUUUACAGACAGAUUAUUUCACUUAUAAUUAACUGUAUCACAAUUCCAGUGGUUCAGAAGUUUACUUACACUAAGUUCACUGUGCCUUUAAACAGCUUGUAAAAUUCCAGAAAAGGAUGUCAUGGCUUUAGAAGCUUCUGAUAGGCUAAUUGACAUCAUUUGAGUCAAUUGGAGGUGUACCUGUGGAUGUAUUUCAAGGCCUACCUUCAAACUCAGUGCCUCUUUGCUUGACAUCAUGGGAAAAUCAAAAGAAAUCAGCCAAGACCUCAUAAAAAAAACUGUAGACCUCCACAAGUCUGGUUCAUCAUUGGGAGCAAUUUCCAAACGCCUGAAGGUACCACGUUCAUCUGUACAAAUAAUAGCACGCAAGUAUAAACACCAUGGGACCACGCAGCAGUCAUACCGCUCAGGAAGGAGACGCGUUAUGUCUCCUAGAGAUUAACGUACUUUGGUGCGAAAAGUGCAAAUCAAUCCCAGAACAACAGCAAAGGACCUUGUGAAGAUGCUGGAGGAAACAGGUACAAAAGUGUCUAUAUCCACAGUAAAACGAGUCCUAUAUCGACAUAACCUGAAAGGCCGCUCAGCAAGGAAGAAGCCACUGCUCCAAAAACGCCAUAAAAAAGCCAGACUAUGGUUUGCAACUGCACGUGGGGACAACGAUAGUACUUUUUGGAGAAAUGUCCUCUAGUAUAAUGAAACAAAAAUAUAAUUGUUUGACCAUGAUGACCAUCGUUAUGUUUGGAGGAAAAAGGGGAAUGCUUGCAAGCCGAAGAACACCAUCCCAACCGUGAAGCGCAGGGGUAGCAUCAUGCUGUGGGGGUGUUUUGCUGCAUGAGGGACUGGUGCACUUCACAAAAUAGAUGGCAUCAUGAGGAAGGAAAAUUAUGUGGAUAUUUUGAAGCAACAUCUCAAGACAUCAGUCAGGAAGUUAAAGCUUGGUCGCAAAAUGGUCUUCCAAAUAGACAAUGACCCCAAGCACACUUCCAAAGUUGUGGCAAAAUGGCUUAAGGAAAACAAAGUCAAGGUAUUGGAGUGGCCAUCACAAAGCCCUGACCUCAAUCCUAUAGAAAAUGUGUGGGCAGAACUGAAAAAGCGUGUGAGCGAGCAAGGAGGCCUACAAACCUGACUCAGGAAUUGGCCAAAAUUCACCCAACUUAUUGUGGGAAGCUUGUGGAAGUCUACCCGAAACGUUUGACCCAAGUUAAACAAUUUAAAGGCAAUGCUACCAAAUACUAAUUGAGUGUAUGUAAACUUCUGACCCACUGGGAAUGUGAUUAAAGAAAUAAAAGCUGAAGUAAAUCAUUCUUUCUACAAUUAUACAUUUCACAUUCUUAAAAUAAAGUGGUGAUCCUAACUGACCUAAAACAGGUAAUUUUUACUAGGAUUAAAUGUCAGGAAUUGUGAAAAACUUAGUUUAAAUAUAUUUGGCUAAGGUGUAUGUAAACCUCCGACUUCAACUGUAUCUCUGAGGACACUGACACGGUGAAAACCUUCCCCCAACCAGAGGUUUAUAUUUAUAAUUGUUAUAUGGAUAUUGUAACUUAGACACAGGGAGUCUGGAAGCAAGUGCAGUGUGAGUUUAAUGAAAACGAACAUGGAACCAAAACAAAACAAGAGAACCGUCUAACAAGGAAAACAUAACCAAUACUACCUGAAGAGUGAUGCUAGGGAGUGCUAGAUAAAGGGAGAGUAAUCAGGGUAGUGAUGGAGUCCAGGUGUGCCUCAUGAUGAGGCGCAGGUGUGCGUAAUGAGGGUUGCCAGGUGUGCGUAACGAUGUGUUGCCAGGACCGGUGGUUAGUAAACCGGCGAUGUUGAGUGCCGGAGAGGGGGAGCGGGAGUAGACGUGACAGUAACUCCCCACAGCCCGAGGGCGUGGAAAUCUCAGAUGAUAUUGGGAUCUAGAAUGUCGUCCACCGGAAUCCAACACCGCUCCUCUGGACCGUACCCCUCCCAGUCCCCAAGGUACUGGAGCCGACCCCCAUGACGUCUGGAGUCCAGGAGGGAUCUGAUGGCAUAGGCGGGACCUCCCUCAACGUCCAGGGGAGAAGUAGGGGUGUUGUGGGGGACGGCUUCAGCCAGGGCACCAGGAACCACCGGCCUGAGGAGGGAGACAUGAAAAGAGGGUGAGAUUCGCUAGUUAGUGGGGAGCUGUAAUCUUUAUGUCAUCUCGUUGACCCUCCGGAGAACCUUUAACGGCCCCACAAACCGGGUGCUCAGCUUCUUACAGGGCAGGCGGAGUGGGAGGUUCCUGGUGGAGAGCCAGACGCGAUCACCAGGAUGGAACACGGGAGCCUCACUGCGGUGGUGAUCCGCCUGCUCUUUCUGGCGCUGGAGCCUCACGCGCCUGAACCACUCGUCCACCGCAGGAGCUUUGGUCUGUCUCGGGGUCCACGGAGCCAGGGCCGGCUGAUAACCCAGAACAAACUGGAAGGGAGUCAGCCCGGUGGAGGAGUGAUGCAAAGAAUUCUGGGCGUACACCAUCCAGGGAAGGAAUCGGGCCCACUCCCCCUGGUAGUGACUCCUCAGUAACUUCCCCAGCUCCUGGUUCAUCCUCUCCUCCACCUGCCCAUUAGACUGAGGCCGGUACCGGGAAGUGAGGCGGACCGUGACCCCCAGCUUCUCCAUGAAGGCUUUCCAUACCCGUGACGUGAAUUGGGGGCCACGGUCGGGGAUGUUGUCCUCCGGAAGGCCAUAGUGCCGGAAGACCUGCUGGAACAGUGCCUCAGCGACCUGGAGAGUGGUAGGGAGACCAAAGAGAGGGAUAAAACCGCAGGAUCGGGUUCCCUCACCAGAGCUUGGCGGAUGUCCACAUCUACGUCCCACAAAACGGGGCCAACGAUACAGGAGGACCGAUUGAUGGGCUGAAGGACACUCACGGAACCCUCCACCGACGUGGAACCACAGGGUGUGGGAAAGCAGGUCCUUCGACAUCCUGGUCACCAGGCGGUGAUUCUCAUCUUAGACCAGGAGAUGGUGGGUUUAUGAAGUUGAAUCGACGGGAGGCCGAGGAUGACUUUGUGCACAGGUGUGGAGGUAAUGAGGAAGUGAAGGCUUUCCUGGUGCUUGGGUCCUACGGUGAGAGUGAGUGGUGUGGUGACGUGCGUAAUAGUUCCGGAUCCCAACGGUCGUUUUUUCCAGGGCUUGGACCGAACAAGGAGAGGAGAGUGGGUAUGCAGUGAUGUUGAGUGAGGAGACGAGGGCCUGGUCGAUGAAAUUCCCCGCGGCACCAGUCCACUAGAGCCGUAAAGACAACACCUGAGAGACAGCCAGCCAGUGAAAUAUAAACCAGGAAGGGUUUGGCGGAAAACGAUGAAGGAAUACACACGCCUACACUGGGAGACGGAUGAUCACAGGUCUGUCCCUCUGCCCCAGUGGACUUCGGGUUAGGUCAUCCAUAGUCGAACGCAGUUGGGCCAGCUGAUCGUGGUGUUGGUGGAGUAGGUGUCCCUGUUCGCCGACCGUCUGGUAUAUAUAUAAUAUAUAUAUAUAUAUAUACAGUGAGGGAAAAAAGUAUUUGAUCCCCUGCUGAUUUUGUACAUUUGCCCACUGACAAAGAAAUGAUCAGUCUAUAAUUUUAAUGGUAGGUUUAUUUGAACAGUGAGAGACCGAAUAACAACAAAAAAAUCCAGAAAAACGCAUGUCAAAAAUGUAAUAAAUUGAUUUGCAUUUUAAUGAGGGAAAUAAGUAUUUGACCCCCUCUCAAUCAGAAAGAUUUCUGGCUCCCAUGUGUCUUUUAUACAGGUAACGAGCUGAGAUUAGGAGCACACUCUUAAAGGGAGUGCUCCUAAUCUCAGCUUGUUACCUGUAUAAAAGACACCUGUCCACAGAAGCGAUCAAUCAAUCAGAUUCCAAAAUCUCCACCAUGGCCAAGAUCAAAGAGCUCUCCAAGGAUGUCAGGACAAAGAUUGUAGACCUACACAAGGCUGGAAUGGGCUAAAAGACCAUCGCCAAGCAGCUUGGUGAGAAGGUGACAACAGUUGGUGUGAUUAUUCGCAAAUGGAAGAAACACAAAAUAACUGCCUGGGGCUCCAUGCAAGAUCUCACCUCGUGGAGUUGCAAUAAUCAUAAGAACAGUGAGGAAUCAGCCCAGAACUACACGGGAGGAUCUUGUCAAAUGAUCUCAAGGCAGCUGGUACCAUAGUCACCAAGAAAACAAUUGGUAACACACUACGCCGCGAAGGACUGAAAUCCUGCAGCGCCCGACAAUGACCCAAAACACACGGCCAAGGCAACAAAGGAGUGGCUCAAGAAGAAGCACAUUAAGGUCCUGGAGUGGCCUAGCCAGUCUCCAGACCUUAAUCCCAUAGAAAAUCUGUGGAGGGAGCUGAAGGUUCGAGUUGCCAAACGUCAGCCUCGAAACCUUAAUGACUUGGAGAAGAUCUGCAAAGAGGAGUGGAACAAAAUCCCUCCUGAGAUGUGUGCAAACCUGGUGGCCAACUACAAGAAACGUCUGACCUCUGUGAUUGCCAACAAGGUUUUUGCCACCAAGUACUAAGUCAUGUUUUGCAGAGGGGUCAAAUAUUUAUUUCCCUCAUUAAAAUGCAAAUCAAUUUAUAACAUUUUUGACAUGCGUUUUUCUGGAUUUUUUUGUUGUUAUUCUGUCUCUAACUGUUCAAAUAAACCUACCAUUAAAAUUAUAGACUGAUCAUGUCUUUGUCAGUGGGCAAACGUACAAAAUCAGCAGGGGAUCAAAUAUUUUUUCCCUCACUGUAUAUAUAUCUCUUCUGCUGCUUCCAUAUUUUUGAGAUAGUAUUCUGUAACGUAGAGACAGGGAGUCUGGAAGCAAGUGCAGUGUGAGUUUAAGGAAAACGAACCUGGAUCGAAAACAAAACAAGAGACACGUCUAACAAGGAAAACAUAACCAAUACUACCUGAAGAGUGAUGCUAGGGAGUGCUAGAUAAAGGGGGAGUAAUCAGGGUAGUGAUGCGUAAUGAGGGUUGCCAGGUCUGCGUAAUGAUAGGUUGCCAGGACCGGUGGUUAGUAAACUGGUGACGUCGAGCACCGGAGAGGGGGAGUGGAGUAGACGUGACAGAUAUUCAGAUAUAUUUGACAAACAAAUAACAUGUAUGCCACAUUGCUCCUUAUAAUUAUAAUGUAGAGGUGAAUUAAAUCCCCUUACAUUUAUUUCUCAAUGGAUGCGGGCCGUGUGUUGACAUAUUGGUUAUAGUAGGUUCUUUAUCUGUAUUCUUCCCCCUCCUUUACAAUCUGUGAAGAAUUUACUGAAGUAAAAUAUGUAUGUAAAUAUAGUAUAUAUGUAAAUUACUUAGCCUUCAUUUCUCAGAACAAGAAUAGACUGACGAGUUUCAGAAGAAAGUUAUUUGUUUCUGGCCAUUUUGAGCCCGUUAUCGAACCCACAAUUGCUGAUGCUCCAGAUACUCAACUAGUCUCAAGAAGGCCAGUUUUAUUGCUUCUAUAAUCAGCACAACAGUUUUCAGCUGUGCUAACCUAACCUAACCUAAGGGUUUUCUAAUGAUCAAUUCGCCUUUUAAAAUGAUAAACUUGGAUUAGAAAACUCAACGUGCCAUUGAUGGUUGCUGAUAAUGGGCCUCUGUACGCCUAUGUAGAUAUUCCAUAAAAAAUCAGCUGUUUCCGGCUACAAUAGCCAUUUACAACAUUAACAAUGUCUACGCUGUAUUUCUGAUCAAUUAGAUGUUAUUUUAAUGGACAAAAUAAUUGCUUUUCUUUCGAAAUCAAGGACAUUUCUAAGUGACCCCAAACCUUUGAAUGGUAGUGUAUUUUAAAAUACAUGUUGCGUUCUUUGAAAUAUAAGGCCAUAUACAGUGCAUUCGGAAAGUAUUCAGACCCAUUGACUUUUUCCACAUUUUGUUACGUUACAGCCUUAUUCUAAAAUGGAUAAAAAACUAUAAUAAUCCUCAUCAAUCUACACAAAAAUAAAAAAAUAAAACAGAAAUACCUUAUUUACAUAAGUAUUCAGAGCCUUUGCUUUGAGACUCGAGCUCAGGUGCAUCCUGUUUCCAUUGAUCAUCCUUGAGAUAUUUCUACAACUUGAUUGGAGUCCACCUGUGGUUAAUUCAAUUGAUUGGACAUGAUUUGGAAAGGCAUACACCUGUCUAUAUAAGGUCCCACGUGAGGUCGAAGGAAUUGUCUGUAGAGCUCUGAGACAUGUUGUGUCAAGGCACAGAUCUGGGGAAGGGUGCCAAAAAAUGUCAGCAGCAUUGAAGGUCCCCAAGAACACAGUGGCCUCCAUCAUUCUUAAAUGGAAGAAGUUUGGAACCACCAAGACUCUUCCUAGAGCUGGCCGCCCGUCCAAACAGAUCAAUCGGGAGAGAAGGGCCUUGGUCAGGGAGGUGACCAAGAACCCGAUGGUCACUCUAACAGAGCUCCAGAGUUCCUCUGUGGAGAUGGGAGAACCUUCCAGAAGGACAACAAUCUCUGCAGCAUUCCACCAAUCAGGCAUUUAUGGUAGAGUGGCCAGACGGAAGCCACUCCUCAGUAAAAGUCACAUGACAGCCUACUUGGAGUUUGCCAAAAGGCACCUAAGGACUCUCAGACUAUGAGAAACAAGAUUCUCUGUUCUGAUGAAACCAAGAUUGAACUCUUUGGCCUGAAUGCCAAGCGUCACGUCUGGAGGAAACCUGGCACCAUCCCUACGGUGAAGCAUGGUGGUGGCAGCAUCGUGCUGUGGGGAUGGUUUUUAGUGGCAGGGACUGGGAGACUAGUCAGGAUCGAGGGAAAGAUGAACGGAGCAAAGUACCGAGAAAUCCUUGAUGAAAACUUGCUCCAGAGCACUCAGGACCUCAGACUGGGGUGAAGGUUCACCUUCCAACAGGACAAUGACCCUAAGCACACAGCCAAGACAACACAGAAGUGGCUUCGGGACAAGUCUCUGAAUGUCCUUGAGUGGCCUAGCCAGAGCCCGGACUGAAAAUAGCUGUGCAGCGACGCUCCCUAUCCAACCUGACAGAGCUUCAGAGGAUCUGCAGAGAAGAAUGGUAGAAACCCCACAAAUACAGGUGUGCCAAGCUUGUAGCGUAAUAACCAAGAAUACUCAAGGCUGUAAUCGCUCGCAAAGGUGCUUCAACAAAGUACUGAGUAAAGGGUCUGAAUACUUAUGUAAAUUUGAUAUUUCCGUUUUUUUAUUUGUAAUACAUUUGCUACAUUUUCUAAAAACCUGUUUGCUUUGUUCAUAUGAGGCAUUGUGUGUAGAUUGAUGAGGGAAAAAAGCAAUUUAAUCCACUUUAGAAUAAGGCUGUGGAAAAAGUCAAGGGGUCUGAAUACUUUCCAAAUGCACUGUAUGGCCAUAUAUGACUUUUCCGUAUGGGAUAUUUCAAUUACUGCCAAGUGCCUACUCGUGGUGUAAUUAUUUCCAGAAAUAAAACUAAAGAGGUAUUAAAGCAUAACUACACAGAUAUACUGUAUAGCAUAGCACAUCUCACCAUAGUGGUCCUCUGUAGCUCAGCUGGUAGAGCACGGCGCUUGUAACUCCAAGGUAGUGGGUUCGAUCCCCGGGACCACCCAUACACAAAAAUGUAUGCACGCAUGACUGUAAGUUGCUUUGGAUAAAAGCGUCUGCUAAAUGGCAUAUUAUAUUAUUAUUAUUAUUAUUAUACAUUAUCAUACAUUAUAUGGCUUACAUUGUCCAUGCUCCCCUUUGUAUCUGCACAGGCCUAUUUUCAUCAUAUUGUGCUCGCUGCUCAUGAUCUUUCACUACAUGUUUUCUUUAUCCCACCACCACAGAGCCUUUGGAGGAUGCUAUCCUGACCCAGUCAGCAGUCCCUGCCCUGCACAAGGCUGGGUCUGCGGAUAACUCCAGCCCCCUGUUGGUGCGCUCAGCUUCCUUCAAGGCCCAGGAUGAGUUGGAGGGUCAGUCCUGGUACCACGGAGAGAUGAGCCGACGGGACGCAGAGACACUACUGCUGGAUGAUGGAGACUUUCUGGUUAGGAUGAGCACCACCAACCCUGGGUCGUACGUACUGACGGGCAUGCACAAUGGACUGGCCAAACACCUACUGCUGGUGGACCCAGAGGGCACGGUGAGCAGGGAGCGAGGGAGGGGUGGGUGGGGGAAGUGUGUGUGUGUGCGUGCUUGCUUGCGUGCGCGCGUGCGGGUGCAUGUGCGUGCGUGCAUGAGAGAGUGAGGGAGCGAGAGAGAGAGAGUCUGCGAAUGAGUGUGAUACACAGAAAAAGAGAGAUAAGAGAGAAAGCAAUGCGUAAGGAGAGAAAGAGACAGAGAUAUAUUUUGCCUGUAUGCUACUUUACUCUAUCUUUUUAAAGGUACGGACAAAAGAUCACAUAUUUGACAGCAUCAGUCACCUGAUAAACCAUCACCGUGACAACAGCUUGCCCAUAGUGUCUGCAGGAAGUGAACUGUGUCUGAAUCAGCCUGUAGGCAACAGGAAACAGUGACGAUCUACGCGCAUUGCCUGAUAGAAGAUGGAGUUCUGAAACUGAAACCUCCAAUCCCUCCUGAAAACCUGAAACUAGAAUAUAUUAUGGUUGAAAAACUUACUUAACGAUGAUGACAGUUUCUUGGAAGCGGUUUGUGGCUGGGCAAACUCUCGGGCCGCAAAGGAUGAUGAGAAAGAAGAGGUUUGCUGAUAAAAAUUAUUUAUAUAACUAUUAUUAUUUUGAUGUGAUGAUUGAAAUGCUAUAUUUUUUAGGCAUAUAGGUGCAUUUGGGACAUAUAUGUUGAUUUGGUGUUUAAAAAACAAAAAAGAACUACUGUUAGUAGUUUAGAUGAUGAAGUGCAAAUCGACCUCAAGGAGGGGAAAGAAAAUUGUAUUUUAGAAAAACCAGAAAUUUUCAUUUUGUGUAUCAAGCACAACCAGAUUUACACAGUCUUUGGUAAGUAAGAGUUACGUAGAGGAGAACAACCAUUUGAAAAUGCUUUUGAAUUUGAAACUAUUUUAGGAUUAUUUGUCCUUUAUCGCAGCUAUAGCGUGAUGACAUUCACUUUGGGUCACUUAUGAAUCUAGCCUGGUCACUGAUCUGUUUGUGCUCUCUUGCCAACACUUGUGGGCUGGACAAUGACAGUGACCAUAGCCCAUAGGAGUUGGCAAGACAGCACAAAUGGGUUUGGGACCAGGCUGUAAUGAAUCUGCUUUAUGGGAACUAAAGACUUGAAUAUGUUUAGCUUU